AGUACCCAAGACUCUGACCCCAUGGAAGGGACCUCAGCAGCUGCAAAUUCCUCAAGCCUCCCUCCUCCAUCCCAAAGGUUAUCACAGAUAAGGCGUCGUAAGAAGAGAACGCGAGACGAGAUGUUUUCGGAAAUUAUGGAAUCCAGCCGCAGUGACAGAGCUCAUGUGAAUGAGUGGAAGGAAACAGUUUCAAAGUAUAGGAAAGAAGUCAGUGAACGUGAGGACAGGAGGGACCAACGUGAGGAGAGGAGGGACCAACGUGAGGAGAGGAGAGACGCUCGAGAUGAGAGGUGGCGGCAGGAAGACCAGAGGAUGAAGGAUGCAACGCUGGGGCUGCUCCGGCGUCUGGUGGAGGUUCAGGAACGGCUGCUGGAAAACAGACUGCCGCUUCAGCCCCUGUUCCACCCUCCCCCCUCCCCAUCAGUAACAGAUCUGCAGUUGCCCUUCUUUGCCUUGGAAAACAUCCGUGCAUUCUGUUUGACUUGUUAG